UAUAUAUAUAUAUAUAUAUAUAUAUAAUGCCUAGUUAAAAAUCGGAGAUAUAAUUAUUUUUAAAACCAUAUCAACCCCUUUUUCACCCCUUAGGAGUUGAAUGUCGCAAAAUAGAAUAAUUGUGGUUUGGUAGUUUUUGUAUGUUUAUUAUUGUUAACAAAUAUAUUUUAAUAUGGUUGAUUAGAUUUGGAGUUAUAAUUAUUUAUCUUAAAACCUUAUAACCGCUUUUUCACACCUAAGGGAUUAAAUUUCGCAAAAUAGUAAAAUAUUGAUUGGUGGUUUCUGUAUGUUUAUUUUUGGUACCGGUAGGUACUGUACCCAAAAAUAAUGCUUGAUUAGAUUUUGAGUUAUUAUUUAUCCUAAAACUAUAUAACCCCUUAAUAUGCCCUCGGGUGUUGAAUUUUGCAAAAUGGUAAACUGUGGUUGGUAUUUUUCGUAUAUUUAUUAUUGGUACCUAGGCCUAUCCGAUAUCUUUUCUUAUGCUUGAUUAGUUUCAGCGAUAUUUCCCCCGUUUUUAAUCCCCUUAGGAAUCGAAUUCUGUAAUUAUACAUUGCCUAGUUUUUAAUUUAGCCAGAAAACGAUCUUACAGAAAAAUUCAUCAAAAUCCGUCAUGUAGUUUUGGAUUAAUGAUGGCACAAACAGAAAAACAAACAUUUUACCUCGAACAGUUUUAUUAUUAGUAGGUAUAGAUAAAUAAAUAAAGGUCUGGACAGAAUCACGUAAUAUUUAAGCAAGAUAACGUCACAUUAGUUAAUUAUUCUUGACCAAAAUUAAUUGUCAAACACACACAAACAUGCCGUUUAUAUAACUUUUAAAACAGCGAAUUUAUCCUUUGGCUUUCCUUACAUUAUAAAAAUUUUCGCUUGUAAAAAUAAAAUACGUACACUGGUAAAGUUGAAAAGACACAAUAAGGCUGCUGUUAAAAAGGUUCCAAGCAAUCUGCUGGUUAUUUUUCACCACUGUCUUAUCACAUUUUAAACAGAAAGCAUUUCCUCCCAAGAUUUAGCGACUUUUAGGUGAGGCCAUCUCCCCACUCUCAGGUUUACUUCUGCUGUAAGGCCCGUUCCACAAUGACACGGAAACGGAGACGGAACACGGAAACGAAGACGGAUUUCACGGAACAGAGCUUCUACAAUAGCACGCAAACGGAGACGGGCCCGUACGGACCUGCUCAGCAGUGCUGAAGUCUUCCGUUUACGUUACUCCGUUAGACCAAUAGGAGCACGUUAUUUAUUCACUGCAGUUGUCAAGCCACAGUUGCGCGUUCAUUUUAAUUAAUAUAUUAGUUUUGACUAAUGUUGGUUUCCGUAUUUCUCGACUACUUUUUUUAUUCGUGAAAAACAAAACAAGAUUUGUUUUGAAAUUUGAAUUGUGCACGUGGGUUUCAUCAUGACGAAUUUUGAUGAACUUUUAAAUUUCAUGGUUAAAGAUAUACCUGCUAAAUAUGACAAGACGGAGGACUACUUUACCACCGCCACAAAGCAAAAAAAAAAAAAAAUCUAUCACAAAUCGGUUUACUUCAUAACCAAGUUAACAACCAUACAUUUCGAUUUAACAGGUAGUUCACUUAAUACUCGUAGUUUUCAGUUACGUCACGCUUGCUCUUUCUUAUUGGCCAAGAUUUCUUACGGGUCCGUGUAUUGUAGAACGAGAAAAAUACGGACGGAACGGAACAAUACUCUGUUUUCGUCUCCGUUUCCGUCUGUUCCAUUUCCGUGUCAUUGUGGAACAGGCCUAAGGCAUAUUUCCACAUAUUUUAUACACAAAGGCAUAAUUAAAAUAUUUCGAAGUAUGAUAAAAUGGUAUCAGUGUAGGAAUAGUGUACAGGUAGAGUUAACAGGUAUGUUUAUCUUUAAUAUUCAAAUAGUGUAUUUUGAGAAUAGUGGCUCCUGUGAAAAUUUUUUAGUAACAUUUUAAAAAGUUCAUCUUUAUUUCUUCUAAUUUCCUGGUUGUUACACAAUACAGCCACAAUAUUGUGUAUAACCGUUUCUUUAUAUUAUAUUCAGGCAUUUAAUUAACAACACUGACUUUAAGUUAUACUGUUUCAAGAUUUCAAGAUGCUAAAUAAAUAAUAAUACAGUAACAGCAAAUUCACCCGAUACGUAUGCUGGGAUGCAAAACGAUUCGAAUAAUAGGCUUACUUGAAGUGUACUAAAAAUAAAUGCUAUAAGUAAAUCUAGAAAAAUUGUCAUUUGAUAAAAUAACAGUAUUUUAAAACAGUUUUUAUGGGAUGUAGGCGUAAAGCAUAUUAAAUUGUUUCGGUUCAUCCAAAUCGGUAAGAUAAUAUCAACUGGUAACUUAAAUAACCCAAUUAUGAUUAAAGCAGUUAAUUUACUUUUUCACGUCGAGUAACAAGAGUUAUUGAAUUUCUUGGUUUCAUCAUAUGGUUAUGAUAAGUAACAAAUUACCUUUGAAAAUCAAAUUAAUAAAAAUGUGCAACACUUUUCGCUAGAUCGCUAAAUAACGCCGUCAUAUUAAAAUCUACAAACUUUCACAGUUUAACAAAACAUUUAUUAAGAGAAAAGGUAUUUAAUAUUAACAACCGACUUUAGCAUGUCAAAUGACUUCAUUAUUUAUGAGUCCGAUACUAGACAGGUGUAUUGCAGUGCAAAUAAUAGUCAAUAAAAAUACAUUGCACGAAAUACUAGUAAUUAUAUUAUGCAUUAUGAUAUAAAUUUUGACUAAAGUAAAGAGAAAUUCAUAAUCUGAUAGAAACAUCAAGCCUAGUUUUAUUAAUGUCAAUGAACUUGUUUUUGUUUCGGUAGUUUUCUAUUUGCUGUAAAAUGCACGUAGAUACACGACCUGCCAAAAAGAAAACAUAUCCUUUCUGCAAAUUCUUUGCCAAACUCUGGAUAUUAAAAAAUGCCAAACCAUUUGAGGUACGACGCCAUAGCAGUGACGGGAGAGUUAUGACGGGAUCUGUGCUCGCCUUUUCACGCGGCCGUCACAACUCAGCCGUCGUAUCGCCGACGCAUCGUCGCUAUGACGGGGGCGAGUACCAACAUUCGGACAAGGAGGUAGGGUAGGAGUAAUUACCUUGAUAUCAGGCGCAUUAUGGGGUAGGUAGAAUGUGGCAUGUAAUAAACACAAAGUUCAUGCAUGCUGACAUAAAGGAAGGGCUAGAUCAGGAAAAUUACCUUGAUGUAAGGCUCACAAAAGUGCGGGUGGGAAGUGGUAAAUGUUAAACAAUGUGCAUUGCGUGCUGAAAUACAGGACAUACGGAGAGCACGAAUAAUUAUCCUCGAUGGCAAGCUCACUCAAGUGCAGGUGGGGUGUGGCUAGUAAAGAAUAAAAUAUACAUGGCGUUGUAACCCCUCUCCCCUGUGAGAGAUGACAGCAGUGAGGCAAAAGGGAAUACAGAUUGCAUACAGAGUGUUAAGUGAAUAUGAACACAUAUUACAAAUUCCACACAACCCUUUUACAAAUGGGCAAAUAUUCGGAAUAUGUACACUAUGCUCUUAAUGGUUCUGUAACUGUAAGAAGUUCUUCCCCAAAAUCAUAACAAUUAGCAAUUAAUUACCAGCCUUAAUAGAUAUGUGGCGAUACCCUUAAUGUCUCGACGGUGUAAUGAGCAAAGUAAAGUGCCGUUUUAGCACGCAACUACAAGACUCAACGCCAUGUGCAGUUAGCCUGUUUACACUGUCAACAAUUACCAACUGUUGAGUGACUCUCUGAAACUCGUUAUGAUAACUUUCAGAAUUUUAAUAGAACGCCAUACAGCCUCCAAUAAACGGAUAACAGCACUAAAAUGGAUCAAUACGCGCACGUAAAUAUUUAAAUCAAUCAUAUAAUCUAGGGUCUAGUCUAGGGUCUAUACAUAUAUAAAUAUUACAAUAUGAACUCUAACACAUGCCUGAAACCAAAAUAGAUCUCUUUAAAAUAGGGAUGUAAAACUGAGGCCGGCACGUUAUUAAUGGCAAAAUUACAAUACGAAAUGUUACGAUACUAUUUACUACGAUUUCUUAUCAUUUGUAAGUACACGUCCGUAGCGUACAAUAAAUUCCAGCACACUUUAUACGUCUCAUAUUCCGGGACGAACUGGUUUGACCACCACGAAGCAGCGGUGUGUGAGAUGAAUGAAACUCGCCUUAAAUUAUUGAUUGCUGUUUGUCGUCUCCUCUAAAAGGCGUGAUGUCCAGUUGUCACGGGGGCGCCGUGUCCUCAGCAACAGGAGACCGGCGGCGCACGCACUCGCCAGCCCGCGAGGCAGAAGGCAACUGCACACCCACGCGGACUCCAGCCGGUGACCACUGCGGCAAUCUUCUCAAAGUCUCAGAACAGUCAGUUAUUCCUAAGUUCAAUUAAUAUUUCCUUGAUGUGGUUUUUAAAUACAUACUUUCUAUCGAAACCAGCAUUUGCUUCAGCAACCACAGGGAUCGGAUGUAUGACUAAUGAACAGCAUGUUGAUGUGAAGAAAAAGAUGGAUGAAAGGGACAAUGCUGACCUCACAAAAUUACAGGAGUGGCUGAAAAUUCAGAAUUAAUAUAUUUCCACGAGUGUGAGUGUAUCGUUGGGGACUGGUAUGAUAAAGUUGUUUGGCCAAAAAUUUGCAUAUGUGAAAAUGAAAAGGAAUAACAAUGUUCGUCUGCUUUCCGCAGUCACCAAAAUGUUCAAGUUUGACAAUAAACUCAUCAGUCUCGACCGUUUGGUGGUCUACAAACGGAUGCUUUCAUGGAAGAAUCCAACAUAUGAUUUGAUUUCGUAUUUCAAGUAUAAAAUCUCCCCAUGUUUGUUCACAAGCACUGGUAUGCGGAAAACCACUUAUCCCGCGCUUUAUGGGGAGUUUGAGUGUGUUGAUGAACAGGAAUUGGCCAAAACAGUGAUGUUUACAUCGAUAGGAGUUAUUUGAUUCAUGCCGUCAAAUUGAAUAAAUCUACCUGUCCUAAAUAUUGUUUUAAUCUGUCUAGUGUACAUUAAAUAUUUUAGAAGUUAUGUAUUAUAAAGCAAUGAAUUAAACUGUAGUGGUAUAUGGCAGUAAUGAUGACACGGACAGAACCAAAAGAUGUGAACAACUUCGUAUGUACAAGAACUUCGCGCCUCAAUUCAACAUAAGUGAAACCAUGCCUCUGCGAGAUACCCGAGAGAGGUUCCUGAACAACAAUGAAAAUUUAAAAAUAAAACCUGGAUACAAUAGUGUCCAAGGUAAUAACACAACAUAACUAUAAAGUAAGGCAAUCAGCUGGUGAUGCCGAUGUGCUGAUUGUGCAAAUAGCAGUAGAACAAUCAGCUUAACCCCCAAUUAUUUCUCAGGACAUAUAUGUACUAGUGAUCUCUAUUGCUAGCUCUGAUACUAAAUAGCUUAUCCUGUUUAUAAAAUGAAAAUUGGGGAGAUUAAAUAAAAAAUCAGCUCGACUCAUCUACAGAAACAGCGUGUCUACAUCCAUAAAUAUAUUCAUAUUGUGCACCAAUUCACAGUUAAUAACAUUGCAAAUGCUAUUUCAUCUAAGGGUAAAGCAACCUAUUCACUUCUACAGAAGAACAGUGACAUAAUUGAAUGUGCUAAACCAUUCAACAGAAAUAAUUCUGCACCUAAGGAGGUAAAAUCUGCUGGAGAGACUUUGUUCCUCGAAUUAUAUGGGACAAAGAGAAGCAAACUCACACUUGACGGGCACAAAUUUGAACUCUCAAAUAUCUUAAGAAUAAAACUGCAAAAUUAUAAAAGCUACUGUUUUAGCUACGGCAUCACACCACUCAGUCAGAGCUUAUUAUCAGGUUCAAGAAUGGCUUGGGUAUAAGCUUAACUCAGAAGACUGAGUUUGGAACUGUCAACAUGAUAAACACCCCUUACGGAAGAUUCUACCACCUGCUCCAAACGCUUUAUGUCAUUGAUAUUUGGCUCUUGCAAGGAUAUAAUUGACCCACUGCUCAAUGUAGAUGUGUCAAGAGUGGUGCUCCCUGUUCAUCAAUUUUCAAGAUCUGCGAGGGACAGUCUUGCUCCAAUCCUGCCACAUUCCUGGAGGUUAGAGAAAAUGUUUUUGAAGACUUGGAGGAUCCACUUGACGAACCAAACUCAUAAAAUUGAUAUCCAUGAGUCAACCUUUUAUGUAAAAAAAAAAUGAUAAUUCUAUGUAGUCAGGUUUUUGUAGAUUAUAAUAGUUCAACCACAAAAUAUAGUGAUUUUUCUUUUUUUUUCAAAUAAAAUCGGUCAUUAAUAAAAAUAUAAUAUUGCAUGGGAGUAGCUUCAUUUGAUUCAGAAACAACAAAAAAAAAAAACUAUACCUUACUCGACCUACUUUGUGCAAAUUAUUUUGCACAUCUUCCCCCCCCCCCCCCCCUCAACCUUUUUCCUCUUCAACCCCUCAAAGAGAAGGUUGUCCCCCAAAUAUUUGGGUGGACUCUGCAAAUCUCAAUUCCUGCUACUAAGCUGAGUUAUGACCAAAGUUUCAUUAAUGUACAAUUUAUUUGUUUAUUUUAUCUCAUUUUCCUAUACUAUAAAGGGAAAUGCGCUGAGUCCGAACUGCACGGCAUAGGGACUUCAGCCAGCUACAGGUGAUGGGAUCUGAGACACGAGUAAGAUGCUGCAUGUUUCAUGUCAGCUAUUGAAACCAACAGCUACCGGUGUGUCAUAGAUAAUGAAGCAGCUUUUUCAUGUUAGCGGAUAUACAAGGCGUUGGCCUGAGCGGCUGAGAUAAAAAUAAUUAAAGUAAAAUAUCUGUACAUUUUAGAAAUGAUUUAAAAUUUAAGUGAGUCUUGUCUAUUCAUAAUUUUUUAUCUUAUAAUUCUAUAUUUAUAGUUUAAAUAUACUUUCUAGUAAGCCCAUAGAACAUGACCUCCAUUUGAACAACGUAGUUCAAUAUUUUUUCCUAUAAUUCUUCGGGGGAAAAAACUGGCUUACGCCCUAGUUUGUAAACAGUCCCUAGCUUUAUAUUCUGCUCGGCACUGCUAGCAAGACCAAAGAGAGAAGUUUUUGGUACUUGACAUCUUUUUGGUGCCUUCAGGUAUCACAUUCUUUCCUCCCGGACAACAGUUAUUGCAUUCUCCAUAUCCUCGAAUUUCCAUUGCUUUAGUAACUUCUUGCCGUCUUCCUUUUUCUUGGACAUGUCUGAAAAACGCGCAUUUAUUAGUUCAAAAACAGUUUUAAGGCCUUUAUGUUGUUUCCUUAGUAUUCGUAAUAAAGAGUAGUUAGUAGACGAACUAGACUCACGACUGUGGCCGGGUUUAUAUAAAACGCAAGAACGCAGAAACGCAAGAACGCAGGACGUGACAACCGCAAGAAAUUCACAGUCGUUUAUAAAAAACGCAAGGACGCCGGCCAUCGCCAACCUCAAAAAAAUAAAAUAACAGGAAUAAGUCAUGAUUAUUUUUAAAAUCUUAGUUGUACUUAUCGUACAGGCAGGGAAAAUUUUGGAUAAGCUGAACAAGAAAUUCAUCAGCUUCCUCCAUUGCGCUGUAUUCACUAGAAGAAUGCCAGCCCAAAACAUAAAUAAACACAAGCGUAACGAUUAAUUACAAUCGCAGAGCCUUCUAUAUGCAUUACAUGACAAUUUCAGUUUCCACAUACUAAGCAACCAGUAUAGAAGGCCGAAACACAAGGAGAAAACGCAAGAUGUAGAAAGUUGAAUAAAUUCUGCGUUGCGUUCUUGCGUUCUUGCGUGUCUUGCGUUUUUUAUAAACGUGCUGGUAGAAGAGUUAAGGUUGGACUUUUACCGUAGUUGCGUUUCUUGCGUUUCUGCGUUCUUGCGUUUUCUAUCAACCCGGCCUGAGCAUCAUGGGAGCAUUUUGGAGUAGUUCAUGCGUCUCCCGCUUGGCAGCACCACUUGACGGAGGAAAAAUCAAGGUUUCCAUAUUACCCGAAUAUUCCCUUACUACACCCGAAGUUCCCCUGCGCGAACUUAACACCAAAUGCAUUACAAUAACCGUAAAAUAUAUUCGAUAAUAUAAAAAUAUCCUCUAUUGAUUAAUUAAGAGAACAAGGAAUUGUAUAAGUUUUAUUACUUUUUGUUAUAAAUCCCUUUCCCCAGAAUAUAAGUUAAAUGUCAAUUUUUUUAAAAUAAUUUUUAGAUAUUCUACUUCUUACAAUGAUUUUUAAAUAUAUAAUUUUACCCUUAAAAAUUGAGAUAAGCUCUUAAAUGGUUUCGUGUAUAUGUUUUUUAACUUGAAAGAGAACUAACGAAAAUAUUUCGUGCGAGUUUUCGAAUAGUGAAUAUAAGAUAUAAUUGGUGUGUAAAAAUAUUUGAAGAUCCAUUUUCAGUACACGUGAUUCUGUGCUCUAAUCCUCAAUUUGUGUUCUGUGUUUGUAUUUUAAUAUAACUGUGAAAACCACCUUGAAAUUAGUAGUUUUGUUUGCAAUGUUUGAAGAGUGUAGAGAAAAAUUUGGAACAGAGGUGGAUGUAGCACAGUCUGGACGGACUUGCCGCCCCGCAUGCAUUAUGGGAUUUAUUGUUUGCUUACACGAGACUUGUAUAUCAAGCGCGCGUAGAGGGAAACCAGCGCCACUAACCUGUAAUUUGUUUUACCAAACUAUUGUUAUCGGCCGCCAGCUAUACGGUGCUCUGGUCCUGGUUGUACUUAUAACAAACAGAAGCACUGAUAAACUUAUAGGAUAGUUUAGACACUCUUUCGCAACACAUACAGCAUACUGUUCGUUUCACAAGAAGCGAUCCAGUGCAGUGGGUUUAGCGGACCAUUCAUUUCGUUGUUUAAAUUUUAUUUGAAAAAAAAAACUAUUCUACUUAGAGAGUUAACAAUUUCUAUAGUUUCAACGAAUAAAAAUAAAAAAAAUACUCUGCAUAUAAAUGUAUGAAAUAUGAGUCAAAUAGUUUACAUUCCUUAUUGGCACCAACCAGAAGAUAACGAGAUAAAUUACACAAUAGGAAAUUCUAAGGUGAAAUAUUAAAACUUUUUAAUGAUUCAAUACAAUAUUUAUUAUAUUUAAUAAAAAAUAUUAUGGAGUGAAAACGAUGAAUAUACAAAAUAUUCAUACUUUUUUUAAGUAAAGUAUGUAUAUCUCAUACAUAUUAUAAUUAUGAAAUGGAAUACGCAAUAGCAUACAUUGUCUCUAAAAAAUUAUUAGUUUUUUUUAUCCAUUAAGGUGGGUUCCCGAAAUAAGGAAAUUGUGACCCGAACAGUAAUUAUUCGGAGUUAAAAUUAUCAAACGCAAAAUUCUUUAAUUUAACAAAAACAUAGUGUUCGUAAAGAAAAGAGAAACGCAGUUUCGCUGAAGUUGUAACUAUCCGAAAUAUGCAUAACAAGCCAAUUUACAGGUCAGGCCACUCACUGUACUUUUUAUGGCUUUUAGAUGUCAGGCCACUCUAUAUGCAUCAUACUGCUUUUAGAGGUCAGACCACUCUAUCUAGGAUUCAUUACCUUUAAAUGUUAGGAAAAUCUCCAUGAAGUCCACUAAUUAAUGUGGUCAUACCACUCUGUCUAUAGUCCCAAAUUUUAAAGUUCAUGACCCCCUAUGUACAGUCCACUACUUUUAAAGGUCACGCCACUCUGUUUAUAGUCAACAUUGUAUAGUUAAAUACGAGGGUUAUUUUUUUUUCAACCUCCGAUCGGCUGUAAUAAAAAAACGGGAAUGAAUUGGGAAAUUAUUUUAAUGUCAAAAGAAACGUACAUCUUUACUCUAUUUUUCCACAUAAUCACCGUGCAGAUUGAGGCAUUUGUCGUACCGAUGCACCAGCUUUCCAAUACCCUCUGCAUAAAAUGAUGCCUCCUGCCUAUUCAGCCACGUUUUAACAGUGCCCUGCAGUGUGAUUACAGUUUCAUUUCUCCAUGGCAUGCCCAUUAAUCGAUACCCUAAUCGCUCGUACACGAAUCGACACGUCUCGUAGUGUUUACCCCCUUCCACCAACCAUGUGGAGCGGCCAACUCACACCUCAGUUGAAGCUUGGUUAUGGGAAUGUCAACAUGGCUGCAACGAUAAACUGUACGGCCAAAUGCGAGCUGCGUGGUCAUCCGUUUCUUACAGGCAGAAGGGCACACUUCAGCAGAAAUCCAUCGCCGAAUGAGCGUUGUGUACGGUGAAAACUUAAUGAGCGAUGGCGUUGUGCGAGAGUGGUGUCGGAAAUUCCGCGAAGGCCGUAUUGAUGUUCAUGAUGAAGGUGGCCAAGGAAGGAAGUCGGUAGCAACAGAUGAAACAGUUCAGAGAGUUGAUGCAGUUGUUCGUGAGAGACGUCGAUUCACGAUUUCAGAACUGUCUGAACAAUUUCCGCUCAUUUCAAGGUCAGCCCUAUACGCCAUUGUUACAGACAAUCUCGGAUACAGGAAAAUCUGUGCCCGAUGGGUACCCAAGAUGUUGACUGACAUCAACAAGGAGCGGCGAAUGGCAUCAGCCUUGUCGUUUUUGCUGCGUUACGCAGACGAUGGUGAACACUUUUUGACUCAAAUUGUGACAGGUGAUGAAACAUGGAUUCAUUUCGAUAAUGAAGAAACAAAACUUCAAUCACAACAGUGGAUACACACCUUUUCUCCAAACAAGCCGAAAAAGUUCAAACGGACAUUCAGCACCAAGAAACAGAUGGCUACAGUGUUCUGGGAUCACCAAGGUGUGCUACUGGUUGAUUUCAUGGAGCCAGGGACAACAAUCAAUGCUGCUGCAUACUGCGCGACACUACGACGGCUAAGACAGUCGAUACGCAACACGCGGAGAGGAAUGCUGACAUCUGGUGUUGUCUUGCUUCAUGACAACGCCCGACCGCAUAGUGCCGCCGUAACACAACAACUCCUUGCAAGAUUUCGAUGGGAAGUGUUUGAUCACCCUCCUCACAGUCCGGAUUUGGCACCGAGUGACUAUCACCGUUUCCCCACGUUGAAAAAGUGGCUUGGAGGACGACGCUUCAACACCAAUGAUGAACUGCAGAGUACUGUUAAAACGUGGCUGAAUAGGCAGGAGGCAUCAUUUUAUGCAGAGGGUAUUGGAAAGCUGGUGCAUCGGUACGACAAAAGCCUCAAUCUGCACGGUGAUUAUGUGGAAAAAUAGAGUAAAGAUGUACGUUUUUUUUUUGACAUUAAAAUAAUUUCCCAAUUCAUUCCCGUUUUUUUUAUUACAGCCGAUCGGAGGUUGAAAAAAAAAUAACCCUCGUACAUACUAUGUGUCAAUGACACACUUCUUUCAGAGGUCAAGCUUCUAUAGGUAUGUGCAGUUCACUGAACUUAAAGGAAAGGCAACACUCAGUACAAUCCACUGUUAUUAGAAGUCAGACAACUUUAUAUACAGUCCACUCUUGUCAGAGGUCAGACCAUUCUACACACAGUCCACUCUUUUGGAGAACAAAAUUAUAUAUGUACAGUACACUGCUUCUUGAUGUCUGGUCUCUCUAUGUAUAGUACAUAGCUUUCACAGGUCAACUACUUUAUAUGUAGUCCACUAACUUUAGAGGUAGAGCUACAGUAUAUGUAGUCCCCUACUUUUCGAGAUCGAUCCUCUCUUUUGCAAUCCACUUCGUUUAGAGGUCAGCCCACUCUAUUAACCGUUUACAGGUUUAUUUAAGAGAUAAAACUACCCUUAUGCAGUCCAUUGAGGCUAUUCUAUGCACAGACCAAUAAAUUUAGAGUACAGUUCAUUCUAUGUGUAGUCCACUAAUUGCAGAACUCAAAACAAUAUAUUCAAAGUCCACAUAUUUUAAAGUUCAUGACACUAUGUACACUUCUCUUCUUUCAGAAGGCAAACCACUUUAUGUGCAGUCCAUUGUUUAAGAAGUCCAACAACUUUAUGUACAGUCCACUGAUUUAAACGUUCAGGCCACUCUAUGAACAGUUCAGUAUUUUAAGAUGUCAAGUCACUCUAUGUACAGUUUACUCAAUGUACAAUCCACUCUGUUUACAGUCCACUGGUUUUAGAGAUCAAACCAGUAUAUAUACAAUCCACUGCCUUCAGAAAUCAGUCCACUUUAGUUUACUGCAUUUAGAGGGCAGGCCGUUAUGUUAAGUCAGGUCAGUCCAGUUUAUGUGCUGUCCAAUGCUUUCAUAAAUCAGUUCACUAUAUGUAAAGUUAAUUGCAUUUAGGGGUCAGGCCACUUUAUGUGCCCACUGCUUUAUGAGCCAGACCAUUCUACGCACACUGUAAAUAUUUUCACGAAAUGUAUCGUAUGUGGCUGUGUCUCUCCACUGAUGUUAGUGUUGUUUUAGAUUUACGUAUGUUUGUGUAUUUUUACUAUUGUUCUCAAGUAAAAAUACUAUUGAAAGUGUAAAUUACAGAUGCUAUGGUUUGGUAAAAACAUCAUAGCUGUUGGCGUAUUUUACUCAUUGGUGUAUAAAUAUGUACACUUGCAUGCAGGAAUGUGUAUAUUUACCAAAACUUUCAGUUAGUUCCAUUGCAUCAUUGAGUAAAUUUACAUUAACAGUGACGAUUUUAAUUUGUGCUACUUCAAAAAAAAUUAUAUUUUGGAGCUUUUAGCUGUUAAUGAACAUGUGUAUUAUAGAGCGAUUUUUUUUUUACUUUUAUCAUCAUUAAUUAUUGAUGUUAACUCUUCAAACAAUAUGAGCGAAUUAGUGGAUUAUUGAACCCAUGAUAUUAUGUAGGUCAUACUACCGUCUUAACCUCUAGACCAUCGUGCGCACUAACAAAUCAUCAUGAAGUAAUGAAAAACCAAUUUGUUGCAUACUGUGAAUUAAAUGGUGCUUGUCAGUAUGAAUUCUAAAAUAGGUACAUUGUAAUUUUUGCAGCUCCUUGGUAGUUGUAAUUUUACUCUGACAAAUAUUUUGCACUUUUAUAAUGAUGUAUGUGUGUACCUAGAAGUGCACUGUACUGACAAAUUAAUACUGAUUAAUUUAAAACUUGUUAUUUGAGUAUUUUCAUAUAUACAUCCUAAUGUGUGAUUUAACACUUUAGUGUUUGUAAUAGGAGAUUACAUUUGUGUAAUUUUUAUUUUUACAGAAUCCUGUACCACAGUUUGGUAUUUUAGAAACAUUUUUGUCAAGCUCCAUAAACUGUGCUAAUUUUUAAUAAUAAUUGAAAAAAACCUGUAAAAUUACUAAAACUUUCUAUGUGUAACUGAACGAAAUUUUUACAAUGUACAAUCUCACUGCUAUAUACAGUCCAUUACUUUUAGAAGUCAGUUAUAUAUAUAUAUAUAUAUUUUCAUGCACUGCUUUAAGAGGCCAGGCCAUUCUUUGUUUUGUCUACUGGUAAAUAAUCAUCUGUAUAUUAACAACCAAGGUAGCAUCAAAGUUUGUGAUAUUAACAUCGGUAAAUAGGCUUAAGAGAGUAGGUACCAGUUUAAUCGUACAGUGAGCCCUUGGGACUAAUCAUAUAAAUAAUCAAAGAGAACGAACCUACUCAGACAAUAAAUAAUUUAACACAAGCUACAAGAAAAUAACAUGUAAUUCAUACAUAAUUUAUUAUAGUGGUAACCUUAGCAUAAAUUUAACCAAGAACAAACAAGAAUUUGUACAAUGCAUAAAUAAUAUGUACUAACCAACCAAAACUAAUGCUGGUAAAACCUAACUAAUUAACUGAAUGAAAAACCUGCUCACAAUGAUAAAGAUAGGGCUCUGCUCGUCUCAAGCAUUCUCACUGGAGAGCAAGGGACAAACAAAAAGGACCACUUAAUAUGGCGAGUGGAAUGUGAUAAAGAAAAAGUUAAUCGACGCGCCCAGUAUUUGCAAUCCAAAGAUAUUGUUAGUCUACUCUUAUGAAUAGACUUACUCGACUCCCUUGGCCUAAAAAGUGGAUAAAUUUAAAAAAAAAAUCAAUCUUUAAUAAACAAUUAUCAUAGGACCAAAUGUAAUGAAGGAAAAAAUGGAAAAAUUAUGCUCCAUUCCACGAAAACACAAAUACGUACGCGCUCUUGUUUAAAUUAAUUAUUAUAUCUUGUAGUCUUCAGCGAAUCCCAGCAGCAGGACAGAAGAACACAAACUUCGAACUUUCUUUCGGCAUAAACAGGAAGCUUAUGUUCAUCCUCGAGAGCCCAACUGGCCAUCUUUGCAGCAGUCAGUUCAUUCUGCGUGAGCAGAUGUUAUGCCCACAUCUCUCGUCUGGUCUACCUCGACAGCAUUGAGUACAUAUGUAAUGCCACAUUGCAGGAUAUUUUCGUCGUUGUCGGAUGUGUACCAUUUGCCUUUAUACAUAGAAACGACUGCGAAGUCAAAGUAUAGAUAUCUUGGUGCUGUACAGUGACGCAUACUUCAGAAGGUAGUGCGUAUGGUCCGAACAGGAAAGGUUGUUACUCGGGCAGUUCCAUUUUCGUAAUGCUAUCAUCGCUUAUUAUUGGGUCUUCCACGUUGAGAAUUUCGUCUUUCAUAUUUAUUCGGCACAUGUCCUAUACUUAGAAGAAACUUUACUCUGUCAGUUAUUAGUACACCGACGUCUGGUAGAUAAAUGGUCUUUUGCACAUCCAUUCAAUUUAUUUUAUAAUUGCUCCAUGUCACAAACUUUAUGCCCAUCGCUUUAAGUGUAGAUGUAAUGUAAUUUCUUCGUCUUGAAUAUUCACCAAGCGUCCUCGCUAGUCAAAUUCGGACGACGACUUUGUGUGCGCGCUUCACGACGACAGGAACAUAAAUGAUACUUUGCGACACUUCAACCAGUUUAUAUCCUGGCGGAACCAUUGGCGAAAACUUGUGUAACAUGUUGUUUAGACAUCUUUUGAGAUACGUUCCACUUGCUAAAUUGCAGUUUAUUUAUAUGACAUUCACGGUUAAUUUAUUAAUUACUCUCAUAGAUACAUGUUAUUCAUGUAGUGUACAUAUUUUGUUCUAAUCCGAGCAUCGUGCCUAUGGUCCCAGGUUUUCGUAAAGUCAACAUUUUCACUUAAUUUCAGAAUGGUUUUUUAGGUGUUUGGAUUUCCACAUAUAGUUGAAAGUCUACAUUUGGUAGUAACAUUACUUGAUAUAAUUUUCAAUGUCAUCAAUUUUGUAAGAGCCAACAGGUAACUGUAAUUCUUGAGAGGUCACAUAACUUUUCAGGAAACAAAUCUUGCAUUUUUCUUUAUCGAUAUUCGGUAUGGAUUUAUAUUUAUGUUUGCAAAACUUCGAGUCCGAAACACCAUUCUCCUUGUUUUAGAGGCGGGAAAUGAACCACCUGCAGCUCCGAGCUUUGACCUGUCAACUUAAGAGUUAUAGAUAUGACUGACUACUUCUCAAUAUUUCAUAAGUCUUUUUUUAUGUUUUAAGUUAAAAAGUGAAGGCACAAGUGGCAGUUUGUUUGGUUAGGUGACUAUUCUGUUUUGCAAUUGUAGUAGAAUGUAGUAGUCUCACGCAGGUACUGUCUAAGUUCUGGCGGAGGUUUCAAAUUACCGAAACCGUCGUAGUACUCGGCCUUUUUUCUAGACUUUAUGUAUGCCACCCAGUGCAUUCCAUGACCUGUAUAUGUGUCUAAAUUAACGAUGGCACACUCCCGAGUCUUAGUCUUGUCUCGCAUAAACACACCGGAUAUUUGGUAUUUUCAGUUUGCGAGAAUACCUAAUUAAAUCUAUAUCAGUGAUAGAACCCUUCGACAGGGAACUUAGGAUUUUUUCGUACCUUUCUUUCUCAUGCCUCGACUUAAUUUUUGAGGCCGUAAGUAUAGUCCUGCACCUUUUCUUAAUCAAUGGCAAUGGCUUCCAUGUUAGCAUUGUGUCGUUGUGGUUUCUUGAAUUGUUUCUGCUGGUUCUUGGAAGUGUUGACGGCAUGCACUAUACCACUCGUAGCACCGAUGAGGCCGCCAAAGACACCCACUGCAGGUAAGAGCAGCGGUAGAAAUUUGCCAGUAAUCUUCAUAUUGAGAGUUUGUGCUUUUUUCUUGGCUUUUUGCACAUGUGCCCAAGUCUUGCGUGAAUGAGCCUUGGUCUUGCAAGGUCUGGCUCGACGAGUACCCAUUCCUAAUUUAGUCUUCACCUCCAUUAAUUUGGAUAUGCCCUACCCCGAGAUUCUUUCUCCUAGUCCUGCGUCUGGCGAUUUACUUAUAUCAUUGGCUUCCUGUGCCAGUAUCUCGUCUGCCCUAAGCCUGGAUUCCAAGUCCUUGCAGAGAAAAUAGGCAAUAUCGUGCUAAUUUCACUUAUCGUCAAGAGAAUUAAUGCCCAUGUCACCUCCAGCUACUCUUUUGGCUAGUUCUUUUUCUGGACCACAUAAUUUGUAGCUGGGAAAGUGUUGGUCAAAGACAGGUUAUUUAUCAGCGAGUUUACGAGUCCUGUACCAACAUUUAUUUGUUCUUACCUCUUAGAGACAUUUCGAAAAGCCUAGCAGAAAGUAUAAGUACUCUUCUUUUAUAGAAUUUCGCCUGUAAAAUGCAAGUUGUCAAGCAGGACGUUUGUUUGCCUAUGCACAUAACGCAAGAAGACGAAGCCAGUGCGCGCGAAUAGCGAUAUGUCUCAUAAUUGCCUUCUUCCAUAUGAUGCAUCAUGACAGGCCCGUCCAACUUUGGGAAGAAGUGUGUCUACUGAGUUUUCUGGAAAAACCAAACGAUCUUCGGUUCGAGAAUGUGUACGUUUAUUCUAAAUAAUUGCAACAACCAAAGUACCAACGCCGGGCUACAAUUCUAUGGUUAGUGGAAUGCCUGUAAUAAAUCCCUUUAAAGGAUAAUCCAGAUGUGGUGCCUCCUAGCCAAGCAAGAGCCAAUUCUGUAAUAGUUGUUGACUACAUCGUGUGCGAGAAGCAAGGCUUUAUUCAGGAGUACGUUUCAAUGGGUAAACAUACAAACGUAGACUCUAUUUAACUGUGUCAAACAUAUAAUCGAAUACCUAAACAUUUGCUGCGUGACAAUUCGAAUGCAUCGUGUUGUUUCAAAUGGACAAACUUAAUUUACAUCACGCUUAUGACGAUCAUUAAAACACCGAUAUAAUGUUCCGGGAAAUGAGCUGGAAAAACGAGCAUGGAUUCCUAGUUAUAGACAAGGACUCGCCUAUAUAUAAGGGCAAGUACAGACAAUGUUUCGAUCAGUUUAUCGUCAAACAUGAAUCGGAGUAUUUCGAAAUUUGGUCGUAGCAGUCGCACUAUUGAACUGCAUAGUGUUGUCAAGUCUCGCGUUUCUGAUAUUCGAAAAUAUAUUUCGCUUCUUGGCCAAAAAGUAGAAAGUGCAAAAAACUAAUUACUAGAUGUCCUGCUACAAAUCGCACAGAGCGUGGAGGCCUCAGUUUCUCGAAUUGGCGACGUGAUCGAAGUAUCGAAUGCGCAAAGACGUGACGAUUAAGAACUUUUCAAAGUAGCCUGAAUGCAUCACUAACUCACUUGGCGGAUAAAACAAAUCUUGCUAACCACAGUGUAGGGCUUUUUGCGGACGAAUAAAAAGUAUAAAAGGAAGUAUUGCAAUAUGUUUUCAGUCAGUACAAUGUCGGACUUGGUCAGUGACCCCCUUCGUACUAUAGAGUCUGUUCGUGUAAAAUAUCUACUUGCUAGAUGAGUUAAGACUUUUACUUGCUUCGUUUAGUGCAGGAAACUAUCCGCACAUCAACGAAAUAGUCUCCAUACUCGAAGAACUGAAGGGGUCUCAGAGAAACAUUACACUGUGAAUUGGAGUCCCGAACUUUUCCGUGUGACCUACGUUCGCGAAUCUGAGUCUAGGACCUACUAUCUCAAAUAUUUGGACCACAAUACUUUUAGUGGUGGCUUCUAUGCUGAAGAGAUUCAGCCUACUAUGUAUCCCAACACGUAUUUGGUGGAGAAUAUUCUUAAACGAAGUAAUGGACGAUCAUUUGUUAAGUGGUGGGUUUUCUCACCUUGCUUUAAUUCAUGGGUAGCAUUGCAUAAAUCGAGAAAUGCUAGUGAUUUGUUUUUUUGUACUUGUUGAAAUUAUUUAAUAAAUUAUUUUAUUUGUAAAAGUGUUAUUUUUCCCUGAACCUACUACCUGCCAUUUUAUAAUUGAUAUUGAUAUUGAUGUAAUAUUAAUUAAAUUAAUAUUGUUUGUUGAUCAAGGAUUGAACAGAGUACAGGAAUGGAUAGAGUCCAUCAAUAUAUUAAUAAACGAAUUUUUACAUGAGUUUUAGAAUUUUUUUAGAAUAUCUAUGUUAAUAAUUACAGAUAAUCAAUAUGGAGGUCAAGAUGGCUAAGAGUAUGGCGGAUGACAAGGUAAUAAAUACAACUGCGUGCUAGCAGGUAAAAUUUUAACCAAUGUGGCUGCAGUGCCCUCUAACAGACUAAAACAAGAUGGUGGAUCCAAGAUGGCUGUCAUGAUAUCAUACUGGCUGGUGUAAAUAUUCAUUGAUAUUAGUGGUGGGAGGUUAGUCUGCCGGUGGUCUCCAUGAAAGAAGGAUCCAUAUUUUUCCCUCCACUGGGUACUAACCAAUGACUCGGAGCUCCAUUAGUAAAUGUGUUUUUAUUAAAAUUUUAUUAAUAUAGUAUUUAAAUAUUUUUUUAUAAAUUUUAAAACGGUUCCCGAUUUUUUAUGUUAAAAUUUAUGGAUUUUCAAGAUAGUGGCCGUAACGAAAAUUGCAACAGUGAUGUCAUAAUUAAAAAAUAACAGGAAACCAAAUGGUGGAAUGUUCUAGGAUUUAGAUUUGGAUGUAACUUCAUAAUCCAGGAUGGUGGAAUACAAAAUGGCGGACGUGGCAUCAUAAUUAAAAAUUUCGGGCAUGAUGUCAAACAAUGUGGUGGCCGAGGUCAAGGUCAAAUGUCAAGGUCAUCCACGAUGGCCACCAUGGUAUCACAAUUCAAGAUGGCGGAACAGCUCCAUGGCUUCACACCCUGAACCCAUGCGCUGGAGCUCCUAAUACAUACUACUCGAGUCAUUACCCAACUUUUCCUUGCUUGGCCGGCUUCAUACUCGAUGCUCGCUUGGUUAAAUGCAUGUGUUAGAUGCACUGAUGAUCACCCCAGAGGUUACGCCACACUCGCCCAGCGAGUGCAUUAAUCUUUCACAUGUAUCUCUACAAAAAUGGUCACUAUUCCCUACAUAGGCCUAUUCCUGGGAGACUCGUCGUUCUCGAUCCCUUGGUCAUCAUGCAGUGUGUCCGACAUCGAUUGAUCUGAGCGGCCACACCUCUAAAUAUACCACAGACUCACAGUUCGAGAGUGUUUUCUAUCGCUUCUCUUCUUCACAAGUCUCGGUUUUCAUGACUUUCACUUACUUCGGGUUUGCUUGCCGCCUACCUUGUGCAUGGCCUAAGUAUUGCCCUGCCCGAUCCACGGACGUUUUUCAUCGUUAUACGCACAUACGUCACGUUGGAGAUACUGCAGACGAUAUUGCACCGGUUUUAAUUGUAGUUUGAUAAUAUGAAAUGAGAAAAUGCUUAAUUGUGUGUAAUAUGGUUGCUCAAAUGACAGCAAACGAACAAAAAAGGAUUAAAUAAAGGCGUACACUUUCUUUUAAAACUAUCACUCGGCAGAAUUGAGUGUAUUCGCGCAAAAGACUAAUUUUAAUAGUAAGUUAAUCACAAAACAAGUUGGAUUUAAUUAAUUGAAAAAUUAAUUUCUUAUAGCAACUGAUGUUGAAAAAUUGCUUUUUUUUAUUGUGUGGACCUAAGCUUAAACAGUUGAGCAAAACUUUCUUUCAAUGAUUUUUUCUUCUCAAAUGGCUUUCUAAACUAUAUCGUUAAGAAUGUUGAAUACAGAUGUAAGUUCAUGUUAUUAGUAUUGAUGUUUACAUUUCAUUUGCAACCAAAUGUAUCUUGUAUUGCCACAUAAAUGAACAUUUAUGUUAACUUGUAUUAUCUGAUGAACUAACAUUAACUUUGGAAAACUUAUACCUACUCUCUCUAAGUAUUUAUUGGAAAUGGAAAACAAAAAUUUGAAGUUAACUAAAUUAUAAUUUAUGUAAAUUUAUGUUGAUAGUAAUAACAAAAAAAAUUGUGGUAACUACGUAUGAAAUGUUAAUUGUCAUGCUUCGGAGAAGGUUUUACUUUAUCGUUUAGAUAAUUAAUUUGAUAAUUUUCUGAAAAAAAAUUAAAUAAAAUCUUAAUUCGUAUUUUUAACUUCCCUCCGUGAUAUUUGAUGAUUCUGUAAAUUGGAAUUUAUAUAUUUUAAGAAGUUUGUCGGUAGUUUACAAUUUUAUUAGAAUAUUUGUUUAUUUUAGGCUAGUUACAAUACUGUAAAAUAAUUUGAAUAGUUGGUUGUGUUCGGUUAGCUGCAUUUAAAAUACUGUUAGACCGUGUGAAUGGCUGGUUCGAUCAAGCGAGUCUUAUUUCAAACACUGUAAAAUGAUGUGAACGUUUGGUUAUGUUAUGCAAUCUGCAUUUAAAAGACUAUAAAUUGUUGUAAAUAUUUGGAUAGGUUAGAUUAGUAACAUUAAAAAUAUUAAAUGACUUUAAUUAGGAUGUGAAUACUAAAUAAAAACUUUUGUUUUGCAAUUAGGGAAGCGGGGUGCAGAUUUCCAGAUUAAAAAUGCAGAAAAAGGAAAUGUCAGCAUUUAAAAAAAAAAAAAAAAAAACAAA